AGGAUUGUGGAACAAGCUAACUGGUGCUGGACUGAAAACAUUUGUCAUUCAUGUGUGUCUGUACGAGUCGUUUUACUCGGAACUGUUGCUGUGAAUCAAAAAGUGGAAUUUAAUCUGUUCCAGCGUGAAGACAUGAGCUCGGUCAGAGAGGAAGGUAAAGACCGAAUCAUCUUUGUCACCAAAGAGGAUCAUGCAACACCCAGCAGUGCUGAGCUCGUAGAGGAAGAUCCUGAAAAUGACCCAUAUGAGGAGCGAGGCCUGAUUCUUCCCAGUGGGGAGAUCAACUGGAACUGCCCCUGCCUGGGUGGGAUGGCCAGUGGACCCUGUGGGACUGAAUUUAAGGAUGCCUUCUCCUGUUUUCACUAUAGUAAGGAGGAGGUGAAGGGUUCUGAAUGCCUGGAGCAGUUUAGGGCCAUGCAGGAGUGUAUGCAGCGUUACCCGGAGCUCUAUCCACAAGAUGAUGAGAAGGUGCAACAAGAACAAUCAUCUGAAACAGAGCAGAACUUACAAGACUCGGCAUCUGCAGAAACAUCAGGUGCAAACUCAACAUCUGCCACUAAGCGAGACUCUGAUUCUACAAAACCCUCCACAGAGGGCUCAGUGGAAAGCUAAUGAUGAGCCUUGGUGGCAAUGUGAGCCACACAGCUUUAAAGCCCAGCUGCAAUCCCAUUUAGUCAUCAUUUUUUGCAGUCAGUUUUGUUUUUAUAUAUACUGUUAAUAGUUUAUUUUAUGACUUUAUAAGGUAGGGGGGGGGAAUAUUUUUGAGUGGAAAGAUCAGAAAUGCUUGUUCUAUUUUGAAUCGGCUUCUCCCUCUCAGAGCUAUUGCUAUUGGAUUAAUCCCUUCAUGCAUGCACAGUUGUGAAGAUUCCAUUCGCGCCCUG